ACGUCACCGGCCACUUCCAGUUCACAUCACGCCGGCGCGCGAACGGACGACCGUUUGCAACGUUAAAAUGAAUCUCGUGGUGACCUUCUUAGUUAUUGUUAUAGCAAACAGUGCAAGUUGUUUAAACAUUCUCGGCAUCUUUCCGUAUCAGGGCAAGAGCCAUUUCUUCGUUCAUAGAAUUUAUUUAAGAGAAUUAGCAAAACGUGGUCAUAAUGUUACAAUUAUUUCACACUUCCCAGAAAAAGAGCCGCCGAAGAAUUAUAAUGAUAUUAGUUUGGCGGGAAGUAUAAAGAUAUUAGAAGACGAUAUGCCGAUAGACAGGUCGUAUAUGACCGUUCUACAAGUUGGAGUGUUCUUGACUACAAGUGGAAAAGAAAACUGCGAGGUUAUGUUGGCAAAUAAAGAUGUUCAAGACAUGAUUAAGCAAAAACCUAAGUACGAUGUUGUUGUUGUUGAAGUUUUUAAUAGUGAUUGUGCUUUAGGAAUUGCUUACAAGUUAAAUGCACCUGUCGUGGGAAUAACGUCCCAUAUAUUAAUGCCUUGGCACUACAAUCGGUUAGGUAUACCGUAUAAUCCUUCUUACGUGUCCUUUCAUUUCCUCGAAGGUGGAACUAAGCCGACACUCGUACAACGACUAGAAAGAGUCGUGUUCGACACAUAUUUUAAAACGUUUUACUAUUUUGUGUCACAAAGAAACGAUCAAAACACACUUGCAAGAUAUUUCGACGAUAUACCUCCUUUAGAAGAUUUAGCGCGGGAAAUGAAAUUCUUACUUUUGUAUCAUAACUUUGUUCUCACUGGAUCUAAAUUGUUCCCGGCUAAUGUUAUAGAAAUAGGCGGUUAUCAUGUACAAGAAUCCAAACCGUUAACAGGAGACUUGAAAAAGUUUUUCGAUGCGGCGGAACAUGGUGUCAUAUACAUAAGUUUCGGAUCAGUUAUUAAAAGUUCAACAAUGCCGCGCGACAAACUCGACGCGGUGCUGGCAGCUGUUAGGGAAUUGCCGCAGAGAUUCGUCUGGAAGUGGGAAGAUAAAACUUUGCUCGUCGACAAAAAUAAACUCUAUCUCGCUGAUUGGCUGCCCCAAGUCGAUAUUUUGGGACAUCCAAAAACAUUGGCUUUUCUAUCACACGGUGGUAUGGGAGGGACAACAGAAGCGAUUCACUUUGGAGUACCAGUUGUAGCAAUGCCAGUAUUUGGGGACCAACCUUCUAACGCUGCAGCGGUAGAAGAGAGCGGCCUAGGAGUACAACUGCAAGUCAGAGACUUGAAUAAAGAAAAUCUAAUCGCUGCGUUCAAAAAAGUUUUGGAUCCAAAAUUCCGCACCAACGUGAAACUAUUGUCAAAAGCAUGGCACGAUCGACCGAUGGCGCCAUUGGAUACGGCGAUAUAUUGGACAGAGUUCGCGGCGCGGUAUUCUAAUUUCACGUACAGAACCGCAGCAGCCGACGUACCUUUGUAUCAAUACCUCAAUCUGGAUAUCAUACUGGUGUUCUCAACAUUACUGGUAUUAACACUGGCCACUUUGAAAGCCAUAGUGACUUUUUCCUGCGGUGGUAAAAGAAAAGAGGUUCCGACCAAGAAGGUUAAACGCAAGAAAAAUUAAGAUAAAAGAAAAAAUGUUAAUAAUUAUGAAAAGACAAUGUUAACAAAAAUAUUAAGCGUAAAGUAAUAAAACAGAUUUGCGAGUAAACACAAGUUAAGCUAUUUUAAUUUAACUAACCAUAUUUGAUGUACGUAUUUAAAAUGACGUGGGAUGUAGGAAUAUGUAAGAAUAUAGGAUAUUUAUACUAUAAAUUAUUGAAAAUUGUUAAGGAGUUAUACGUAAUAACAUCUGGGAGUUUUUGUGUGACAUAAUUUUUAUAGCAAUAAUGCGUCAUGCAUUUAAAGUUAAAAAAAUA